CAGUAGCAGUAGCAGCGGCGGCGCGGCCAUGGAGAACGGUGGGGCUCCAUCCUUCCUGCCGCCCUUCCCGCACUUCGCCACGCAGGCGAUCCACGUCGGGCAGGAGCCCGAGCAGUGGCGAUCGGGUGCUCUCGUGCCUCCGCUCUCCCUCGCCACUACCUUCAAGCAAAAGGCUCCCGGGCAGCAUUCGGGUUUUGAAUACAGCCGGAGUGGAAACCCUACCAGGACCUGCCUGGAGAAGGCUGUGGCAGCACUAGAUGGAGCUAAAUACUGUUUAGCUUUUGCCUCUGGCUUAGCUGCUACUUUGAACAUUACUCACCUUUUGAAGUCAGGGGACACCAUUAUCUGCAUUGAUGAUGUCUAUGGAGGUACAAACAGAUACUUCAGGCAAGUAGCCAUGAAAAUGGGACUGAAUGUGGUUUUUGUUGACUGCACCAAACCAAAAUGCCUAGAGGCUGCCAUUACACCUGAGACCAAGCUCGUCUGGAUUGAGACCCCAACCAACCCCACGUUGAAGGUUGUUGACAUUAAGGCCUGUGCAGAUAUAGUGCACAAACACAAGGAUGUUCUUCUGGUGGUCGACAACACUUUCAUGUCUGCCUAUUUCCAGCGUCCUUUGUCUCUUGGGGCUGAUAUCUGUAUGUACUCUGCAACCAAAUACAUGAAUGGUCAUAGUGAUGUCGUCAUGGGACUGGUUUCAGUCAACUCUGAUGAACUCUACGAAAGGCUCAAGUUCCUACAAAACUCUCUUGGAGCUGUUCCCUCUCCCUUUGACUGCUACCUCUGCAACCGUGGGCUGAAGACCUUAGAAGUCCGGAUGAAGCAGCACUUCCGCAACGCGUUGGCUGUUGCUCGCUUCCUUGAGGCACAUCCUAGGGUGGAGAAGGUCAUUUUCCCAGGUUUGCCUUCACAUCCCCAGCAUGAGCUCAUCAAGAGGCAGUGCACUGGCUGUCCUGGGAUGGUGACUUUUUACAUCAAAGGAGGGCUGGAACAUGCUUCUGCCUUCCUCAAGAACUUAAAGGUUUUUGCGCUGGCAGAGAGUCUGGGCGGAUACGAAAGCCUUGCAGAGCAUCCAGCCAUCAUGACUCAUGCCUCAGUGCCUAAGGAAGAUAGAGAAGUUCUUGGAAUCGGCGACACUUUAAUUCGCUUGUCAGUGGGUUUGGAAGAUGAGGAAGAUUUACUGGAAGACCUGGAUCAAGCCCUGGAAGCUGCGUUUGCAAACCCUAAGGCCUGAUGUUUACAACCAGAACGUUGAGGUGGCUGAAGAAGAUGACACCCCCAAAAUUGCUGCUGAUUUUCCUUUGAUUUGCCUUUUGGAGUUUCAAUCUGUUCAACCCAGUGCUGGAUUCCCAGCAAGGUGCCACUGAGUUUGAUCUGCUGCUGUCUGGAUGUCCAUGGAGCAUGGCACACACACUGUGAUCUCCCUUGUCUGUUCUAGUCCUUCAUCUUUGGGAUUUCUGGAGUCAGUCAGAGGUGUUUGGGAGCAGCCAUGGUGCACACUCAGGAAUAUGAUCCCAGUUCUCUUGGUGGAGAUUUGUGUUUCUUGUUUGUCACACUUAAUGCUGCUAGGGGGGUUAGGUCUAAAUGUUUGCUUUCUCUUCACUUCAUGGCCAUGGUGGUCUUAAGUUGACAGUUGGACUUGAUGACCUUGGAGAUCUUUUCCAGCCGAACCCAUUUUGUGAUUGUAUUUCUCUCAUCCCUUCUAAUUCACCUAAAAAUAUAUUUCCCUUAGAUUCCUUUUUACUUAGGUAGGAAAUCUGCUGAAAUGCUUUUUCUCUCCUCUUGAGAUUUCCCCAGGUGUUGAAGAUGAAGUGAAAUCUAAACCUUGGUGAAGAUGGUGACUUCCUGGGGAGGAUUCUUUCCCUUUUAACAAAAAUAAUCAGGAACUGAUAAUUGAUCUGUAAUGGAAUCUGGAAUAAUUAAACCCUGCUUUGGAUUUCCCUCAUGUA